AAACAGGCCAGAGCGAGAGCAGUGGCUCAUCCAGUGCUGUAUACAGGCCAAGAGUUUGGUAGUUUGAUGUUUUACAUUUCCUGAAAGACUUCAUUACACCACGCGAAAGCCGGUGUAACAUUCCGAACAGUGUUGUGCCUCACAACUCUGGUACAGAAAUCCCGAGGACUAGGAAGAUGCCUGACAACUCAGUGAUAGAAAUCAACAGGACUGAGAUCAUAAUUUUUUAUGAUGAGAGUAGUAAUAUCGAUAGACCACCAUAUACAUCAAAUAGUGAACGCCCAGAUAUCACAAUUGAUAAUAUGGAUGUGGUGGUAGUUAACGACAGUGCUGAAUUUGAGGUGCCUAGUACUCCAGUGGUUUCUGGUGCAUAUUCCACUACACCAAAAGUUCGGAAGAUGAGAAAGAGUGAUAGUAAUCCCUUACUAAAUACAGUACUGGAGAACUUAAACUCAAAAUUAACCAAAAAGGCAUUAGACCCAUCUCCACAUGAUGCUUUGGGACACUUCAUUGUUGAAGAGUUGUCCAGAAUAAGAAAUCCAAUGACUGUGAGAGAUACAAAACAUAAGAUACUGAAAUUUAUCAUGGAAGCUCAAAUAAUGGAUGAUAAUUGUUGA